AUGUUAGAGCAACUCCUGUGUUUGUUUUCCAUUACCAGAUCAAUACUAACAAUUACCGUAGAAAUUGACGGUAGAAUCGACUUAGGACCAAAUUGGAACUAUGAGUAUCGCGUAGCAAACGCCUAUAAAGAGAUACCCUACCACCCUUUCCUACGAACACAAAGGACAGAAAACCCACAAGUGAUACAUAAAUUUGUUGCAAAUUUUAAUAAUACUGAUAUACUUGAAAUUAAUAGGAAGGAUAAUGAAACAAAUAAUGUUCAUAAUACUAACAAAACAGUUAAAAGCGAUGAAACAAGAAAAGAGAAAAGUAAGUCAACAAAGGAGAGUUUAGAUCAUGAUAAAAUAGAUCUUAACGCUUUAACUACUAGAAAGGCAAAAAAGAAAGUAAAAAAUAUUGAAAACAGCGAAGCAAAAGCACGUAAAGUAAAAGAGGAUGCAAAGAUAAGAGACUUCAUAUUACACAUCAAUAAACAGACACUCAAAGUAUUUGAUGAUAUCAAGAAAAAAACCGGUGAUAGAAAGCUGAAACGUCAAAUAGCGACACUAAAACGCAGUUUCGAAGAUAAAUUCAGUAAUUAUUUGAAACAGACGUACAAUCACACGUUAAAAACGAAUUUAGGGAGACAGAAGAUAAUUAUAAACACCAUCGACACGUCCAAUAAGCUGUUGCAUAGAUUGAUUAAUAAUCUAUACCAAGACGUAGAUAAAGGCUUAUUACGAAGCGAUGUAAAUGCAGUGAAUGCAUUCCAGAAGGAAAUAGAUAGAGAAAAAGACCUAGAGAAUAUUCACGCAUGCAAGAAACUAGGUGUUUGUAGGCUGAACGGUGAAUUUAGCGACUUUUUAGUAGAAAUACUACUUUUAGUGCUUCAAACCGACGAUGGUAAAGUCAAACAGGCGGCUGAUGCGUUAACUGAAGUACUGAAAACCGAAGAUUUCGACAACAUCCUUAACUACGACCUGCAAGUGCAGCUAAAGCGACAAAUAAAUUUGGUGGAGAACUUCGACGCUUUCAUGACGAGAGCCAUGUUUCUGACCCUUAAGAAUUUGAUAAAGAAUAAAAAUAGGCCGAUUGUUGUAAUGAAUUCGCUUGACAGCUAUUUGGCGAACAAGACUGUGGCGUUCCAAGAUAUUCUCAAUAUGUUAGACGAGAAGUUGCAGAAGGCAGACAAUGAAAAAGUAUGGAACGAGAUAAAAGAAGAUGUAAUUAAAUGGAAUGAGGGUAGGUACAAUAACGCGUUAGCUAUUGUGCAGACUUUGAUAAAACACAUAAAGACAAAGUUUUUGGACAAAAUGGAUUUGGACGCGAAGAAGAGGUUGAAUAAGUCGAUGGAGAUCUUAUUGUCUCAUAUUAAAUAA